CGGAAGCCGAUAAGUUCGAAAAACCCGCCCGACACUCAAGAGUCGAUCUGCCGAGAUCCCAAGAAGCAACGAACCGACAACAAACCUCAGUACACCGACCAUAGCAGCAAUGAUACGCAUCCCCUAGCCACAGUCAAGGACAACCUACGUGGCUCGACGUUAGCCACCAUAUCUGAAGGGAGCUCUCCGCCCUCUUCCGGUCUGCGAUUAUAAAGAUUGUAACCAACUAUGCAAGGGUGGCCUCCCUGAAUGCCCGCAGCAUUCUUAAAGAGGCCAACCCUACAACCCAAUCUCAAUUCACCGCUCAUUUACGAUCCAAAACGCUUAAUAUAGACAUACUCGCACUACAGGAAGUAUCACACACAUGUUCCAUCUCUUUAACCGACCAUGACUUACAAAAACUUUCUCGUAUAUUUCCCCGUUCUUCCUCUUGCUUUACCAAACACUGUGGGCUCGUUUGCCUCAACCCCUCUUACUUUCUUUCUAAUACCUAUGUGACCCCCGAUCAACGUUGUAUUGUCUCCGAUAUUUGUGCCUCACAUGGGGCUCUAUGUCGUCUGGUGGUGAUAUA